AUGAUGCUCCCGACUUCAUUGGGGUCGCUCCCGGAAGUCAAAGAAGAAUACCCAGGCUCGUGUUUAGUCGAAAGAACAGCUCGACUUCAACAGUUUAUUGAACUAGGUCCCCCGGAUAUUUGCAACAUUUACAAACAUUCAAUCAAUGCCAAACGUGAACAUGGAGAAAUUGGAACCUUUUUGUAUUUCACGGGGGUGGACACUUCGUCAAUUGCCCUGAUUGCUGCCCAUUUGCAGAGCUUGGCCAAUUUAAUGACGUCAAAACUGCAGUAUUGGUUCGGGGAAAAGAAGCAUUGGAAAGUGCCCCAGUUGACUUAUUGCACUUUUAAUGCUUUUAGCAAAGUCGACAUGAGAGUCACCGUGCACAUCCCUGGGAAAUUUGAAAUCCAGAUUUUGAACCAUGAAGGCAAGCAGAUUCAAGAAAAAGUGAGUGAGGAUCAAUUGGACAGAUUUUGGACCGAGACUUUUGUUACUGCCAUUGUUCGAAGCGUGUUGGAGAGCGAGGAUGGCGAUGAUGUUAACAAGGUUGGCGGAGUGGUCGAGGUGAGGAAAGCCAACCCUUUUAAUAAUGGUGUUGCCUCGAAGGAGUUGUUGAAUAGCUUUUUUAUUGGAUUUGAAGAGUUGUUUUUUCAAGGCACUAAAUUGGGUUGCAAUGUCGAUAUACCUCAACCCACGUUGAUCAAUAACUAUUUGGUUGAUGGGUUCAUCAAGGUUCUUCAAUUGACCCAGAGUUAUGAUCGCGGAUUGCAAGUGUUGAACCGAUUAUACGAGCAAGAACCCAGCGUAAUUUCAAUUAUUGCCAAGAUCCAAUUGCUCAAGAAUGACGAAAUCGACGCCAUCAAAACCAUGUGCAAAGGGAUCCAGGAGAAUGAAAGGGAUGCCAACACUUUGGUUGUACAGGCGAAGUACUUGUUGGACAAGAAGAAACCCGAAUUGGCGUUGGAAGUAGCUAAGCAAGCAGUUAAAUCGUCACCAUCGGAUUUCUUGACCUGGUCGGUCUUGGUCACGUGUUACACACGUCUCGGGGAUUUCGAGAAUGCAUUGUUGACAUUAAACUCUUGUCCCAUGAAUUCUCACAAGGAGAAGUACCAAUUGAAAAGAGUCGUGCCCAUCAGGUCCCAUGAAGAUUUGCACUUGCCCUCGCCCCUUGACGUGACCAUCGAUGAAGUUUCCAAUUUGCAAAGCAACGAAAUAAGCUAUGAGCAUAAGAAUUUGGACCCGCAGCUAUCGAACUUGCCUGCAGCGAACCUCAAGUCCACUUAUGCCAAAGCCUAUGACUUGUUGACUGAGAUUGUGGCCAAGACUGGCUGGGAACAGUUGUUGAAGUAUCGUGCUAAAGUAUUUGUGAUGGAAGAGGAAUACAAGAAGGAUAAAAAGAGCGCCAAUGGCCAUUUACGGAAAAACUCGACAUUAUCAUCUGUCAAUGUCAAUGCUAAUGCCAGUACAAAUGCCAACACCGAUGCCAAUGCCAAUGCCAAUGUCAACCCGGCGAAAACCAAUGAAAGCGCGUCCAAUGUUGAGAGCGAUGUUGACUCAACCGUGGGUGUCAAGUCUCCAACACAAAAGGUGCUCGACGCAAGCCUCAAUGACGAAUCAGUCGUCGUUAACGAUAAUGGUGAGUUUUCAGAAGACUAUGACGACGAGUUCAAAAAAAAGAGAUUAUGUGAAAGAUGGCUAGAUAACCUCUUUAUGCUAUUAUAUGAGGACUUGAGAGCCUACACCAUGUGGCAAGCCGAGUCUUUGCAUUUCCAAGCGCAGCAAAUGGACUAUAGAAAGACGACGUUGGAAUGGGAGAUCCUUGGACUGAUUGCUUACAGAUUAAAACAUUUCAAAGAGGGAUCAGUUGCAUUUGCCAACGCGCUCAGCGGACGUUUUUCAGCACGAUCACAAAAGGAAAUGUUGAAGUAUUACUUGAAGGAACGCAACAAGUUGCUCCAGAGAACCACUUUGCCGCAACUGAGUCAAAAUGCAAGCUUUAUACAAAACUACAGCAAGAUGAUGAAUCAGAUAACUGAAAAGAUCUUGGAGAGUAUAGUCAAGCUCUUGGUGUGGAACCAUAGAUGGUACUCGGAUUUUUCACCGUACUUGUUGUUGGUGUUGAAUGAUUUGGUUGCGUGGGAAGGCUCGGUCAAGAUUGAAAGUUCCAUCAAGGCCUUGUACAACGAAGGCAAGCUUCCUGGACAUGGCGGAGCAUCGAACCCAGGUAAAAGUGAGAGCAGCUCCAAGGAGAAAGGCGAGUUUAUUGGAAACCAUGGUGUUGUUGAGAUGAUGAAGGAUUUGCAUGAUGAUUAUGUCAAGUUGUAUAAUUUGAAUAAUGCAGAUUAA